AUGGCCUCCCACCGCAUCGGCGCGCGCGUCGCGGGCCUCUCGCCAGCGCAGCUGUGCGCCAUCAUCGAGGCGCAGGCGGGCGCGAGCGACGCCGCGCUGCGCGUGGCGGAGGAGCACGCCGCUCGGCUCGUGGAGCAGCCCGAGUGGAUCCUCUCCGAGGUCCUCCUCUCGCCGGACCUCGCCCCGCACAUCCUCGUCCAGCUGCCGACCACGGAGCACGCCAUCAAGGGAACUCCUCACAACCUGGGCAUAUGCAGGAUACAUGCAUUCUCGACACUCGCGUGGGGAAAAAUUAAAACGGCCCCCGCGUGUGGCUGUGAUGCUGGGCGGUGA